AUGUACAAUACAACACGGAAGCGAGCGCGCGCGUUCAAACGCCGUUUGUACCCGCACCGCGCGAACGUAUUUGUAACCCCGUUUUUGGCCGUUUGUUGUUCGAUUGCGAUUUCGUGCGCCAUUUUGCGCGUUGUACGGUACGGGCGGCGUGCGGGACGUGGACGGGGAUCGGGCGUUUUACAUUUUGCCAAAAGGAUUACCGGGAACCGUGCGUUUGACGUCCGCGCGCCCGCGCCGUCGUUUGAUGUGCCGCCGUGCUCGUUGCGAAACGCGAAAACGGAACGCGGGCACCCCGGAAACCUGUGUGUGUACCCGCGAUAAUAAUGAUAAUGAUACGAUUAAAGGCCGCGGAAAUGUGUAACACAAUCAUCGCCGACGUACGUACACGCGCGCGACAAUGAUAAUAAUAAUAAUAACAUUACUGCGGCCGACACGUAUCGGAAACACAAUCGAACGGAUUACACGCGCGGCGUGUAUACCGCGUUCACCUCCUACACGGUGCUACUGUACCGCGGGGUAUUAUGGAGGUACGUUUGA